CUCACCACCAAACUUUCCCGGGAGCCGGCGCCGGGAGUGAGCCAUAGCUGGAGGCUACUCUUGUGCCAAUGACCCUUCCCAAUUCCUCCAGCGUCUUGGAAGACAAGAUGUGUGAGGGGAACAAGACCACCACGACCAACCCCCAAAUGAUGCCCCUGGUGGUGGUCCUGAGCGCCAUCUCCUUGGUCACAGUGGGACUCAACCUGCUGGUCCUGUAUGCUGUGCACAGCGAGCGGAAGCUACACACGGUGGGGAACCUGUACAUUGUCAGCCUCUCGGUGGCCGAUCUGAUCGUGGGGGCCGUCGUCAUGCCCAUGAACAUCCUCUACCUCCUCAUGUCCAGGUGGUCCCUGGGACGCCCUCUCUGCCUCUUUUGGCUUUCCAUGGACUAUGUGGCCAGCACAGCGUCCAUUUUCAGCAUCUUCAUCUUGUGCAUCGAUCGCUACCGCUCUGUGCAGCAGCCCCUCAGAUACCUGAGGUAUCGUACCAAGACCCGAGCGUCGGCCACCAUCUUGGCAGCCUGGUUUCUCUCCUUCCUGUGGGUUAUUCCCAUUCUGGGCUGGCAUCGCUUCAUGCCGAAGACCUCAGGGCACCGGGAGGACAAGUGCGAGACGGACUUCUACGAUGUCACCUGGUUCAAGGUCAUGACUGCCAUCAUCAACUUCUACUUGCCCACCUUGCUCAUGCUGUGGUUCUACGCUAAGAUCUACAAGGCUGUACAGCAGCACUGUCAGCAGCGAGAGCUCAUCAGUGGAUCCCUCCCAUCCUUCUCUGAAGAUAAGCUGAAGCCAGAGGACCUCAAGGUGGGCACUAAGAAACCAGGGAAGGAGUCUCCCUGGGAAGUUCUGAAAAGGAAGCCGAAAGGUGCUGGUGGUGGACCUGUCUUGAAGCCAGCAUCCCAAGACCCAAAGGAGAUAAAGUCUCCAGGUGUCUUCAGCCAAGAGAAGGAUGGAGAACUGGACAAGUUCCAUUGCUCCCCACUUAACAUUGUGCAGACGCAGAUGGAGGCAGACGGGAGUGGCCGGGAAUACGUAGCCGUCAGCCAGAGCCAGAGCCAGCUCGAGAUGGGUGAGCAGGGCCUGAACAUGCAUGGGGCCAAGGGGCUACUAGAGGAUCAGAUCCUAGGUGACAGCCAGUCCUUCUCCCGGACGGACUCAGACACCCCCCCAGAGUUGGCACCAGGGAAAGCCCAAUCGAAAAGUAAGUCUAGCAGAGGCCUGGAUUAUAUCAAGUUCACCUGGAAGAGGCUUUGCUCACAUUCAAGACAGUAUGUGUCUGUGUUGCACGUGAACCGAGAACGGAAGGCCGCCAAACAAUUGGGUUUUAUCAUGGUGGCCUUCAUUGUUUGCUGGAUCCCUUACUUCAUCUUCUUCAUGGUCAUUGCCUUCUGCGAGAGCUGCUGUAACCAACACGUGCACAUGUUCACCAUCUGGCUGGGCUACCUCAACUCCACGCUGAACCCCCUCAUCUACCCCUUGUGCAACGAGAACUUCAAGAAGACGUUCAAGAAAAUUCUGCACAUUCGCUCCUAA